ACAAAAUUAGGAACAAAACAAACUGCCAUAGAAAGAAAAGUGCCCGUCUAAAUAUGUCGGAAGAAAUUGUUUUCGACUGCCUUCAUGCAGAAAUAGUAAAUUACUGUCUGGGCAAUAACAAGGAGCACGACCUGGCUACCUUGGAAUACAUUGGAUUUACAACAGGAUAUCGUCUAAUAGAGCGACUCACACGCGAUAGCUCCCGCUUCAAGGAUGAGCUGGAGACAAUGAAGUUUAUUUGUACAGACUUUUGGACUCUUAUUUAUAAAAAGCAAGUCGAUAACUUGCGUACCAACAACCACGGUAUGUAUGUUGUACAGGACAAGGCAUUCCGUUUCCUCACACGGAUCUCACCUGGCGCCAAGCAGUUGGAGCACGCGCCAAAGUUUGUGGCAUUCACCUGUGGCUUGGUUCGGGGUGCACUAAGCAAUCUGGGUAUCAACAGUACUGUCACUGCAGAUGUACAAAGCAUUCCAGCGUGCAGAUUUCACAUAGAGGUCAAUAGAAACUAGUUUGCAUGCCAGUAAUGUAUAUUGUUUACAUAAAUGUAUAUUAAAUGUAUAAUUACUACUAGCUUAA